AUGAGCAGUGAUCCCAUCGAUCCUGUGAAGGUGCCCCUGUUGCAAUGGCCUCAGGGAGCCCCCGAGGACGACCACCUCACGCCCCUCUUGGAAUUCCUGGACAAGGGCGAGGAAGGGAGCUGCCUCGUCUUCUGGUCCCCCGACGAGGAGCGGGAGGCGGAGGCGGAGGCGCAGGAGGAGGCGAGGAAGGCGUCUGUGGAUGAGGAGUGUGGGAGGCACUGGGACGCCGAUAGACCCACUGCCAUUGGCACAGCCACUACCUUCUCGUGGAAGUUCGACGCGGGCGAGGAGGACGAGCCCGAGGACGACGUCAGCCCGGACUGCAAGGUUGAGGUGAGGCAACAAAUGCACUGCGUCUGCGUCAGGACCUACGCCACCCACUUCGCGUCGACCCAAACCGUAUUCCAAGUGCGAUACGGCGCUGCGCCCGCGGUCAUGGGCGUGAGCAUGGUUCAGGUGAAGAAGGCCAAGGACGGCCUCGUGCCCUACAUGAGCGACAACAACGAAGCCGUCGACCACAUGCCGUACCACGUACACCUCACGUACAUCCCCCGCGACACGCACAAGGGACUGCACUCCAUGUUCCAUCAGCUGUACUUGCCGCUGUGUGAACGCCUGGGCAAAAGCGACCGCACUGCCUACCUGUCGUCCCUCGCGCAUAAUUUCUCCAGGCUGAGCGCUCUGCGAGAGCCCGAGCCGCCGCUCGACUACGACUCUGACGACGACGACGAGGGCGCCAAGAAGUCGGGGGCGGCGCGAGGCGGGAUGGGGCGCGACGCGGGCGAGGAGGGCGAGGAGGAGGUCGAGGGCGGCGCUACGGCGGGCGGCGAGGAGGAGCAACCUCGGAGGCACAAGAGCCCCCGGAGGCUCGUCCUCAACAACGUCCAACGCCUCUACGAGAAGUACUCGCAGCCCGUCGGCGGCACGAGCCUCGGGGACCUCCGCCAGACCUGGGUUGCAAGAUUCAUGGAGCUCUCGGGCCAGCUGGCUCACGUCCGCGCGCAUCCUCUGGUGUGCGAGGCCGAGAAAGCAGGCGAAGUGGCCGCGGCCGACGGCGAGGCGGGCGGCGAGGACGCGGGUGGCGAGGGCGCGACGACCAGCGAGGGCGCGACGAAUGAGGGCGCAGAAAGCAAGGGCACGAGGAAGAGCAGCGCCAAAGAGGCUGCCGAGAGCAAGGCCACGAGCAAAGAGAUCGCGGAGGCCGAAGAAAAGGAGAACCUGCGGCUGGCAGUCAGGAAGUCCUCCGAGCUGCACAACAGCAUCAGCGACUGCUAUCGCUCCCUCUUCUACCUCGAGAAGUUCUUCCAUAUCGUGAGCGAGGGCAACCUGGAGACGCUGUCGGGCCACGCGGCGGCGCUGCUGGAGAUCCUGGAGAUCGUGUGGCGCGUCGGGCGGCGCGACGGAAUCAGCUGCCGAGUGCAGCAAAUCCUAGAAUCAGCCGUGCAGAGCCUAGUAAACCUCGUAACAAAAGAACUGCGUCCGGUUAACUUACUGCCGUCUGGAAUGCGCGAACAACAUCCUUUCCUACUAGCCAAUCCUAAAAAUUAUGUCGGGGCCAAGCGUCAGCGGGACGGCCGUCAGGACUUCGACCCCAGGAAAGUCCUCGGCACGAUCGCCAGCCUCAAGUCGGUGUGCGAAGACCUCGAGGACAUUAUGGAGGUGCUCCUGGAAGCACAGGUGGGAUCCUCGGGCGAGUGGUCGGCCCUGAUCCGCGUGCAGGAUCCCGAGCAGCUCAAGACCAUCACGGCGCAGGUCCUACGAGUCCUCACGGCCUACGACUUCAACAUCUUCUCCAGCAGGAACCACGACCGCUGGAUCAGGCAGAAGGACGACUUCCAGAUCGCCGUGCACAAGUGGGAGCAGGCCGUCGUCGCCGCCAUCCACGAGAGCUUCAAGGACAGGAUGACGUCGGAACUGGUGACAGCUGUGGCGGGCGUGUUGGCCAAGCAGCCCUGCAGGACCUGCUUCAGGCAACUCCUCAUCUCUCGCCUCCCCGACCUGCUCUCGGCCUUCGCGGCUGAGGUCAAGGGCAUCAGGGCGGACUUCCAGGCGCAACAGAAGGUGGAGCGGCCGGGGACGCAGGCUCCGCUGUCGGGCCGCGUGCGCUGGAUGACCAGCUACCUGACGAAGCGGCUGGCGGCGUGGACCACGCUCAAGCAGCUCUACUCGCAGUACCAGGUGACAUGCAGAGCUCUUCGCUUCUACAGAGGAUCUGGCGCGGGUGGAGAGCUGUGGGUGGAGGUGGGUGCGGAGGUGGAGGAGGUGCAAAAAGAGGUGGAGCAAGCACGGGAGAACAUGGUGCUGCAGUGGAGCGAGAGAGUGACGCAGAAAAUCCCGAAGUUGCUGGUGACACCCGUCCUCACGCGCGACCCCUGCCAUGAAGGCGUCGGGGGGUGGAAGGUGCAGCUGCCAGGCGAGUUGCAGUGGGUGGUGUGGGAGGCGGGGCAGCUACAGCAGGCUGGAAUCCGCCCACCCCAGCUGGCCGCCCAUCUCACGCUCCAUUACCAGACGCUCCAGACGGCGGCCAUGGGACUCCACCUCACGCUCAAGGACUACCACGCGGUUCUCGACCAGCUCAGCCCCGUGCAGCGGGAACUCCUGCGUGCUGAGUUGGCGGGCGCUGACCGGGUGCUUGCAGCGGGCCAGCGGGUUGUCACGUGGUCGCCGGCGGCACUCACGCACUUCAGCACGUGCUGCAGGGGCGUCGUGGAGCACGUCAGGUCGAUCGCCACCAGGCUCAUCGGGAUAACACAACGCCUCGAGGACUUGCUGGAUGACCUGGUGAACACCUGUCUGUUGGAGGUGACCUUCGACCUGGAACACGCGCCCCUCCACCCUCCUUCCCUGCAUGAGCUGCUGGAGGAGUGUAGUCAGCGGCGGGAGGAGGAGGUGAAGAAGCUGAGGGAGACCUACGAGACGCUGGUGAGGACUCUGAGCUCGGCUGGACUCCUGGUGGCCGGGGCGGAGGACGGCGCCCCUGAGAGUCUUGCCGCCCACAUCCGCGCCGCCCCCGAACUCAGGGUCCGGCUGGCGCCUUUCCUCGCCCACUGGAGGGGGAACGUUCAGGAGGCCAUUACCAUGAUGCUUCUGAACAGCGUGCACGGCUUCGAGAAGUGCCUGAAGGGGGACAGCGUCGUGUUCGGGGUCGAGUGCGCCCUCACGCCCACCUGCUCCCUUACGUUGUCCCCGCCAGCGCGCUCGCUCUCCUGCACCCUCGCCGGCGCCCUUGGGCAUACCGUGCGCACUGCCAUGAUGUUCCGGCACUGGGUGGAGCUGGACGACGGGACGGCAGUGCUCAACCCGGCGCCCACGGCUGACGACGACACACUGGCCGCCUCCACCUUCUACAGCCAGGUGUCGACGGACCCCCGCCUCCAUGAUGCCGUCGACAGUAUCCAGAGCACUUUCGCCUCCGUCAUCCAGGAGCUCGACAAAGAACUGCAAGGCUGGUACUCGUACGAACACGUGUGGCGACGCGACAAGUCCUCGACGGUGACCAAGUUCUGCGCCCGCGGCCCCUCCGUCAAGCAGUAUGACGACAAACUUCGCUUCUACACCCACUUGGCCUCGGAGCUCUCGCAGGCGCCGCAGCAGAUCACCCACGGCUGUGUCAGUCUGGACGUAAGGAAACUAGUGGGCCAGGUGGUGGGUCACACCAGUGAAUGGGUCAAGCUCUUAGGAACAGGACUCAUGAAGGAGGCGAAGUCGCGCCUGCAACACGUGCUGCAUAAGGUCACGGUAGGUCCUACAGCCUUAGUCACAUGUCUGAGCGACGGAAACAAUCUCAACAGCGAAACGGUGAACAAGGACCUCCAAACAGCCCCAGAGGAUCUAGCUGCUCUGACGGUGGUGAUGCGGGCCGUGGGGCGUGUUAGCCAGGACCACGCCCACCUGCACACGGCGCUCCUGGAUGUGCGCCAGAUGUUCCACACUCUGCAGGUCUAUGGCAUCGUGGUCCCGAGGGAGGACCACGAGCAACUGGAGGAGACAUCGGCGCGCCUGGACGUCCUCCAUCACACGGCGACCUCCGUCCAGAAGAACAUCGAGCCCGUCCAGAAGUUCUUCCUCGCCAACACGCAGAAGAAGGUGGCCGAAUUCAUCGCUGUCGUGCAAAAGUUCUGCGAGAGGUUCGAGUCCCAGGGACCGGGCGCCGUCGGGGAGGACCUGGACAAGGGCGUGUCGCUCCUACAGGAGUACACCGAAGAAGUUUCUCAGCUGCUGGAUCAACGUCGCGUCCUGGACGAGGAGGAGGACGUAUUCGACCUGGCGGCGACGCAGUACCCGGGUCUCGACAGCGCUAUCCACGUCAUGGACCAGAUGAGGGACGUCUUCAACGUAUACAAGCAGCUCAGGACCAUCGAGACCACCUGGCGCACGAUGCGGUGGGCGACCGCCAAGCUGGACGAACUCAAAACGCAGGUGGAGGAGGUGCGGGAGGCGCUGCUGGCUUGCUCGGGGGCACAGGAGACCGAGGUCGGACGCUCCCUCCUACAGCGCCUGAGCGACCACACCACCAGCCUGGAAGUAACGGCGGCGCUCAGGCAGCCGGCGGUGCAGCCGCGCCACUGGCAGCACCUAGUCACUGUCGCAGGGUGUGCUGGCGGCUGGGCCUCAGCGUCAGGGCUGGGCGGUGUGAGCGUGUGGGACGUCUUGGAACUCCGGCUGUCACGCCACCCGCUGCUCGUCGCCUCCACCGUCGCUGCCGCCGUCAGGGAGAGCCUUCUCAGCAGCCAGAUGAGGGAGAUCACCAGGUUCUGGCAGCGCGCAAGGCUGUGCGUGCUGACCACCACCUCGGUGUGGCGGGUGGAAGGCCUUGAGGACCAGCUGGCGACCCUCCAGCACCACAACCUCGCCCUAAAGACGCUCAGAGCCACCAAGUACUGCAAGCCUUUCGAGGAAGAGGCGAGACGUCUGGCCAAGACUCUGGUGGCGGUGGGCGACUUGCUGGAGGUGUGGCAGGCGGCUCAGGCAGACAUCUCUCUCCUGCUAUCAGCCGCCGUCAGCAGCCUGAUCGAGGGCUCUUCUAACCUACGAGUCAAGCACAGACAGCUCCUCGAGAGGACGGAGCGCCGAUCCUUCGUGCUGGAGCUGGCGGCGAAUCCCUUGUACGUGGAGGAGGUGUCGGCCCUCCACGACCUCGCCCGCCGCCUCAUCACCGAGCUCGCCGACGCCCUUGCGAGACCUCGAAGGCAGUGCCCCCGCCUGUACUUCCUGACGGACCUCGAAGUGAUGGCUCUUAUGGCCCAGCCCUCGCCGGACGCCCUUGACGGCGUCAUCGCCAAGCUGUUUAACCAUGUGGCUGCGGUAAAGCAAGCGGACGACGCCGUGACAGGCCUAGUGAGCGUUGAGGGAGAACAGCUGAGCUUCCCUGAGGCGGUAUCCCUUGUCGAGGACGUAAAGUGCGGCGGGGAAGCGGGCGUAAACGUAGGCGUGGGCGUGCAGCAGGUGGUGGAGGUAUCGCACGAGGCCAUGAAGAGCGCUGUUCACAAAGCCAUCGAAGAACGCGCGAUACUACAGGAGACGCCCACGGCGGCGACGACGGUAGCGUGGCGGGUGUGGUGGGCGGCCAGCGUCGACCUCGCUUUGCACGCCCGUGCUAAGGGAGACCGUCAAGCAGUGAGGCAGACGCUCAGCGUGAUCACCGACGACAUCGCCGUCGUCCUGGCCGCCAUGGGGCGGGGCCACGGCGCGUCGCAGGAGCAGGACGCCGCCAAAGACGAACAGGAGGAGGAAGCAAUGCCCCUUAGUUCGGCAAGGACGCCGGCAUCCGUCUGUUCUCAGGGCACCAGCAGGAAGGGCUCCCUGCCGCCCCUACCUCCUCCCCGCAUCCUGCCGCUGCUGAUGGCCGCUCUGCACGCGCGCGACGUCGUGGCAAUGCUCGUUCGCAACAACACAAGCACCUCCCGGAGCUUCACCUGGUUAGCUCAGCCUCGGUACACGUGGCAGCCCCAGAACGCGGUCCUCCAGCUACGUGCCGCCCAUCGCGCCCUCGACUACGGCUACGAGUACAGCGGCUGUGGCCCGGCGGACUAUGUGCUGACGCCGCCCACAGAGCGCUGCUUGCUGGCGCUCUUCACCGCCGUUGCCGCCCACUCACCGCCCCUACUGCUCGGCGGCGUCGAGGGCGGAUGCGGGCGGCAGAGUCUGGUCUCGACGGCAUCUCACCUGGCCGGGAGACUCAUUACCUCCUUCACGCUCUCGCCGCUCACCUCAUCGGCGAGCCUCACGGCACUCCUCACAGGAUCGGUGGUGAGCGGAUCCUGGCUGGUGUUGCGGGCGUGCACGGAGGCCUCGCCCAGCCUGCUCGCCACCCUCGCCUCGACGCUGCUGCUCAUGCACCGUGCCCGCACCCACGACACGGCCACGCCCGUCAUCCCGAUCGCUGGCCAGGAAGCCGUGGUGCACCCUGGCGUCGCCGUCAUCCUGUGUGGGAACGAAGCGUCCGUCCAGGCGAGGGGCAAGACGCCCGCCCUUCCGCACUCACUGGACACCCUCUGCCGCCCCAUCAGAGUGUCCGCGCCGCCGCCACGUACACUCGUCUUCGCCUGGCUCUUGGCGCACGACGUACCCAAAGCGCAGGAGGCAAGCGAGGCCGUGGCCGAGGUGACGCGGCAGGUGCUGGAGUCCUACCCAGGCCUCGCGAGACCGGGCCUGCGUCUGUACCAGCGGGUCACCAGGGAGGUCGUGUGCUCCAUGGCCGCCCUCGCCGACGCCCUCUCGCCGCUCGAAGCCGCCCUCGCCGCCUUCAGGUUGCAGCAUUGUUAUCUUUAUUAUUAG